AUGAAGCUCAAACUGUUGCAACACCUGCCCUUUAAAUUCAUGGCUGAGGCUGUGUUGUGUCUGUUCACUGUUUGAGGUCAAUAUUAAAUGAAGAGAAUUGAAUGGGAAGGAAGGUUUGAAUAGAAGAAUAAAGAUCUCCUCUGAAGGUAUACGGGGUCCUGGUGAGAGCGUACAUGGAACACUGUGCACAGGUCUGGUCUCCCUCCCGGAGUCAGCCUGUGGAAUGAAGGGAAUGAAGAGAUUUCCCAGAUUCAUUUAGGAGGUGAGGUAGUGUCCUCGGAGAGAUUAUACUGACCGGGCCUGUCUCAAAAUAAGAGGUGGUCUGACUGAGACAGACACAGUCUCACAGGGUAUUGACAGAGUGGGGCAGGAAUGCCGUGUUUCUUCACUGGGUGUUGAAUAAGGUCACAGACUCAGAAUCCGAUGUCAUCUGACAGGACUCAGAUGAGGAGUGCGGCAAAUCUUUGAUUUUUUCCCCACAAGGUUUCUACAUUCACAAGAAAUAUUGAAGGACUAAGCGAUAAUGGGAACGUUGCAAGAUAUUUUCGCUGACGUCAAAGAUCAGCCAUGUUCGGAGUGGAAGGCAGAACAUGGGCAAGGGGUCGAAUGGACACGCCUGCUGCAGUUUAUUAUUUUCUAAAGCAUGUAUUUAUCUUUGCGCCUUGUUUACCCUUGGGUUUCAGCCCGUCCGCUUGAGAGCACCGGAGAUCCAUCGGCUGCCGUAGCGCGUAAGAUCCGGGCUCCCAGCAGCCGGAGACAGGUCUGGGAGGAAACUCCCGACGAAAGGCCUUUGAUUCUUGGCAGGAAAAGACCGGCCACCCUCCGUUCAGCUGAAACAUCUCACGGAAUCUCUGCCAUGGGAAGGAUUCACCUGGCCGGUGUUGCAGCCUUUACCCGAAAUUUGGCUCCCAAUCUCCGGCCACAUCCCGGAUCCACUCGCUCUCACUUUCAAACCUCGGACCGCUCCGAACAUUCAGCAUCCCGCCCACUGGCACUCCUCAACCAAUAGGAGCAAGACUCUCCCAGCAGUGCCGCUGAUUGGCUGUAAGUGUGACUGACGGGCAGCUACCGGGAGCUGGAGAUGUCAGUCACAGUUUGUUCUCGCAAUCGAAGGAAUUUCCCCGAAACUUAAACUUCAGAGUAAAUUUUAUUAUCAGAGUACGGAUAACUCACCACAUACAAACUCGAGAAGCAUUUUGCUGCGGACACAGAGAAGAUCGACAGAAUAGUAACUAUAACUGGAUCAGUGAAUGAUCAGCCAGAGUGCGGAAGACAAUAAACUGUGCAAAUACAAAUAUAAAUAAUUAGCAAUAAGUAACAGGAACAUGAAAUAACCGCAGCGGCUGCUGAUGGAUCUCCGGAGCUCUCACCGCUCCCCUGUGCAAUCCGACAGGCGGAAGGCCAAGGGAGAACAGGCGCAAAGCCCAUCACGCCUACCGGGACAGAGGCCGUCAACAGCAGCUCGUCAGAGUCCCCUGUCCAGGGCGAAGGUUAGCGGCCCUGUGGCUUCUCCUUUCUCCGCUGGACUUCAAUCGUCUUCCAGGGGAAGGUCCUUCCGAUCCCGGGGAUGAGGUCUUUGGAGGUUCAUUUGACAUUUCUGUGCACUGCCACUUUUCGGGACGAGGUUGCAAACCCCAGGCCCAACGCCGCUCCUUUCGGAGCCGGGCUCAGACAGUCUACGGCCGAAUUUUCAUUUAUGUUCUGAUCUGUUUAAUGUGUUGCUGAUCUCACCCUGCGAUUACCACCAUUACUUCCCAUUGAACACAUCCAGCAGCAGAAUGUUCAUCCCUGAGACUGUUCCGACAUGCUUAAUCUGUUUCUAAUCCCUCCUUGAAAUAGAUAGAAUUUCUCCCUCAGACAGCAACAUAAUGUUCACUCCCUGAGACUGCAGCGCGCGUAGUGGACAAUCGCGGUACUGCAGCUGAACAGCAGCUCCCCGAAAGUGAAAGCAUUCUGAAUCAGGAAGUGCUGGGAGUUAACAUGGCUUCGAAAGGAGAGACCGAGAGUUUGAGCGAGGAGGUAAUUUGUCCCGUCUGCCUGGAUUUCUUCAUCGAUCCGGUUAUACUGGAGUGCGGACACAACUUCUGUCGCUCUUGUAUCACACGGUGUUGGGAAAGGGAGGAGAGAAACUCCUGCCCGGAAUGCAGAGAGCUGUUUGCUGACCGCACCCUCAGGGUGAAUCGGGCCUUAGCAAAUCUGACACAAAAAGUUCGGAAUCUAAGCCUGAACCCGAAAGGGAAGGAAAGUAAACGUCACUGCGAGGAACAUGAGGAAGAACUGAAGCUGUUUUGUGAAACGGACAAGUCACUGAUCUGUCUGGUCUGUAGAGACGCGCAGGAACACAGAAAGCACCGCUUCAUGCCGAUUAAAGAAGCUGUUAAAAUCUACAAGGAUCAGAUAAAAUCUUCCUUCGACUCUCUCACAAAAAAGAAAUCAGACUUCCAGGAAAAGGAGCAGCAACAGAAAGAGAAGAUUUCCGGAGUUCUGGAACAGUCACACAGCCUUCAGUCCCACAUCACAUCCCAGUUUGCUGAACUGCGCCAGAUUAUCACUGAGAAAGAGCAGAGUUUACUCAGGGAUCUCAGGGAAGAAGAGAAGAGGAUUCUCAACCCAAUGGAGAAAAAUCUUCUAGCUCUUCAAGAGAAUAUAAGGAUUAUUCAGGAGGAAAUCACUAAGUUAAAGGAACAGAUGGAUCAGAAAGACAGCGUGAUAUUUCUCAAGGAGGAAGCUCGUCGGAACAGGAGGAUUAAUGACGAUGUCCAGGAAUUAGCAGUGACAGAUGAGACCCUACCGGUUGAAAACUUCGAUCACCCCUAUUUGUUGAACACAGUGCUGAGAGAAACGCUUGAUGCUAUUAAUCGAGUUUCGGAGAAUGAGAGGAGAUCUCAUGGAAACACAAAAUUCUUUCAGGGGUCAACAGGCAGGAGUGAGCGAGGAUGUUUCCCCUGUUCAGCGGAAAACCCUUGUGGAGACAUCUGCUUUUGUCGAAUCAAAGUCUCUGUCACCCUGGAUGUGGAAACGGCGAGUCCGUAUCUCGAGGUGUCUGAGGAUCGGAAGAGUGUGAGAUGUACCGGGACCUGGAGGGAUCUCCCUGACACCGGGAAGAGAUUCACAAACCGGUCUUGUGUGCUGGGAUCGGAGGGAUUCACAUCGGGGAGACAUUACUGGGAGGUGGAGGUGACGGGGAUUCGGGUCUGGUGUCUGGGAGUCGCCGCAGAGUCUGUGGAGAGGAAGAGACGGGUCAGUCUGAGUCCGGAGACCGGAUUCUGGGUCAUCAGGCGGAGUUAUGACGUGUUACAUCGGGAUUGUGACGUGUCCGGUCUCAUCUCCCCCGAGUCCCGUCUCGAUGCCGGUCCCAUCCCCGGGAGGGUGGGAGUUUAUCUCAGUUACGAGUCCGGGACAGUUUCAUUUUACAACGAGGAGACCAAGUCCCAUCUCCACACCUUCACUGGGAAUAAAUUCACGGGGAAACUUUAUCCUUUCUUCCGGACUCGGAAUCGAAACCAGUGGCUGAGAAUCUGCUCCGGUUCCGCUCCGGGUCUGUAAACCGGUCGGGUCCCGGGACCGGCGUCAGGAGUAAAGUCCCUGUAAAUAUAAAUGUGCGGAGAGUGCAGCUAAAUACGUGGCUAAGGAGAUGGUGCAGGAGGGAGGGCUUCGUGUUUCUGGACAAUUGGGCUUUGUUCCCGGGAAGGUGGGGCCUGUUCCGACGGGACGGUUUGCCCCUAAACUGGGCGGGGGGGGGGGGGGGGAAUAAAAUUCUUGCGGGUAGAUUUGCCAGUGCUGCUCCGGGGAAUUUAAUUUAGAUUUGCAGAGGGAGGGGAACCAGAGUGUCAGAGCAGAUAGUGAGGUACAGGAGGAUAAGGAACAUGAGAGGACUGCAUGUAUAAACGGAAAUGAAAAAAAAGCAGAUGAUAUACAUAUUCUCAGGUACAUCUAUUUCAAUGCACGGAGUAUUGUCGGUAAAACAGAUGAGUUUAGGGCUUGGGUUGACACGUGGGAUAACGACAUUACUGCUAUUGGUGAGGGGCAGAACUGGCAGCUUAAUGUUCUGGUAAAAUUGGAGAACGGCCAAUUUUGUGGAAAUGAAAAAGGAUCUAGGAAGAGUGGAUUGGGAUAAGUUUUUUUUUUUCUGGCAAGGAUGUGUUCAGUAAGUUCACAGGCAUAAGAAAUUAAAUAGAGAUUGGGUUGGAAAUGUUAUAGCAACUUCAUUUAAUUCAAAAUCGAGAGGAGUUGCAAUUUCGGUUAAUAAAUCUUUACCAAUUAAAAUACAAAAUGUAAUAAUUGAUUCUGUGGGGAGAUACGAGAUUAUACAUUGUCAAUUUUUUUCAGAAUUAUGGAAUUUUAUGAACAUUUAUGCACCAAAUGAAAAUGAUGCAAAAUUCAUACAAGAAGAUUUUUUGAACUUGGCUGACGCAAAUGAUAAAAUAUUAAUAGGCAGAGAUUUUAAUUUUUGUUUAGAUCCAGUUUUGGAAAGGUCAACUACAGUUGUUACAAAAUUAAAAGAAAUAAAACUAACUUUAUCAUUAAUGAAAGAUUUAAACCUGAUUGAUAUAUGGAGGAAAAUUAAUCCAAGAGAAAGAGAUUAUUCAUUUUAUUCAAAUAGACAUAAAGCUUAGAUGGAGAUUUAAUACAAUUUUAUUAAAACGUCAAGAUUUUUGUGAUUUUAUGAAAAAACAGAUUCAAUUUUUUUUGGAUACAAAUUUACAUUCAGUUGAGGGUAAAAUUGUAUUAUAGGAAGCGAUGAAAGCAUAUUUAAGGGGUCAGAUUAUAAGUUAUACAUCUAAAAUUAAGAAGGAAAAUUGGGAAAAGAUAUAAAGUUAGAAAAAGAAUCUCAAAGAUAUAUGACAGAACAAAAACAAAGACAACUUGUUAAUAAAAAACUACAAUAUAAUAUCGUACAUAUCGUACAGAAAAAGUAAUUAUGAGAACUAAACAGAAAUAUUACGAAUUAGGUGAAAGAUCACAUAAAAUUCUUGCUUGGCAGUUGAAAACAGAACAGGCUUUUAAAACAAUAAAUGCAAUUAGAACAAGUGUAAAUAAGGUUGCUGAUAAACCUUUGGAAAUUCAUGAAACUUUAUUUUUUUUUUAUAUACUGAACUAUAUCAAUCAGAAUCACAAAAUAAGAUUACUGAGAUGGAUAAAUUUUUAUCACAAAUAACCCUUCCGAAAUUUAAUUUGGAAGAACAGAAAGGAUUAGAUAUGCCCUUUACAUUAAAAGAGGUUGAAGAAGCUGUAGGAUCACUUGAGAGUAACAAAUCCCCAGAAGAAGAUGGUUUUCCUCCUGAAUUUUAUAAAAAAAAUUAAAGAUAUAUUAAUUCCUCCCUCUAUGGAAUUAAUAUACCAAGUGGAAAGAAUGCAUAAACUCCCACAAUCUUUUUUAACAGCGAUCAUAACUGUAUUGCCAAAAAAAGAGAUCCUCUAAAACCAACAUCAUAUAGGCCUAUUUCUUUGUUGAAUACAGAUUAUAAGAUAAUAGCAAAAAUUUUAUCUAAUAGAAUAUCUAAAUAUUUACCAAAAUUAAUGCAUAUGGAUCAAACAGAUUUUAUUACAAUCAAUGGAUAAUCUAACCUGGUUACUUAGUAUAAUUCAUCUGGCACAAAAAAGAGAGGAAAUGAGUGUGGCAUUUGCUUUGGAUGCAGAAAAAGCAUUUGAUAGAUUGGAAUGGGAUUUUUUUGUUUAAGGUAUUGGAAAAAUAUGAGCGAGGAAAAUCUUUUAUACAAUGGAUUAAAACCUUAAAUACUAAUCCUCAAGCUGAAGUAGUUACAAAUGCUCAGAUUUCAACACCAUUUUGCUUAACGAGGUCAACUGGACAAGGCUGCCCGUUAUCACCUGCUUUAUUUGUAUUGGCAAAAGAACCAUUAGCUGAAUUAAUUAGAACAGAUUCAGAUAUUGGCGGUUUUAGAGUUAAUCAAGAAGAAUAUAAAAUUAAUUUAUUUGCUGAUGAUGUUUUGAUUUAUUUUACAAACCUAUUACAAUCUUUGCAAAGAUUAUCUUUUAAAUUGGAAGAAUACGGGAAAGUAUCAGGGUAUAAAUUAAAUUGGAAUAAAAGUGAAAUUUUACCCCUUACAAAAGGAAAUUAUAAUCAAUGUCGAUUAGUAACUCAAUUUCGAUGGUCAAUAAAUGGGAUAAAAUAUUUAGGUAUCAGAGUUGACAAUGAUGUAAAAAAUUUAUAUAAACAAAAUUAUUUGCCAUGAUUAAAAAAAAAUAAAAGAGGAUCUUGAUAAAUGGAUGAUGUUACCAAUAACAUUAAUAGGUAGAGUUAAUGCUGUAAAAAUGAAUAUAUUCCAUAGAUUGCAAUAUAUAUUCCAAACUUUACCAAUACAAUUACCGCAGAAGUUUUUUCAAGAACUAAAUAAAUAUGUAAGGAAAUUUCUUUGGAAAGGAAAGAUGUCAAGAAUAUCAUUGGAAAAAUUGAGAUGUAAAUUUGAUUUAGGAGGGUUACAACUUCCAAAUUUUAACAAUUAUGAUAAAGCAAUUCAACUUAGAUUUAUUGCAUCUUUUUUUGAUGAAAAAAAAACCCGGCAUGGAUUAGAAUAAAAUUAGAUAAGAUAGGAGAAAACAUACCAGAAGAUUUUACAUAUAAAUGGGAAUCCAAAUUGAUACGGGAAAAAAAAAGAAUCUCCUAUAUUAAGACACUUGAAUGAUUUAUGGAAUAAGGUAAAUAUGGACGAUAAGAUAAAGAAAUCUUUAUUAGCAAAAAUAAACUUUAAUUCAAAAUAGGCUUAUUCCUUUUACAAUGGAUAAUAAACUUUUACAUAAUUGGUUCCAAAAGGGGAUUAAAUAUAUAUGUAAUUGUAUUGAUGUCGUUUGAGCAAUGAAAAAAUAAAUAUAAAAUAUCAAACAACACUCUUUUCUCUUAU